AUGCAACAAGAACAUCCUAGUGACAUGUACCCCAGUACAUCAAGGCAGGAUUUUGACUUUGAUGCUGUUUGGAAGAAAAUGGUGGAUACUCUUUACGAGGACGAAAAUAAUAAGAAGACACCUACAAUGGUGUUUUCUGUUAUUGGUGAUUCCAACAGCUUCGUCCCAAGUCCUUGGCCAAAGGCGGUGUUUCAAACGGGGCUCAUUGAAGCAGCAAAAGAUGGAGGAGAUACCUGGAUCAUUUAUCAUGGAAAGGAAAAUGGAUUGUCAAAAAUCAUCCGGGACGCUUACAGGAUUUACGAAAAUAUGGAGUUCAGUACCAAAAAGAAGAGCAUGGGCAUAGCUGAUAAGGAUAGACACGUGAAGCUAAUCAGUAUUACAAAGACAAAGAGAAUCAAAGAAAAUGCGCAGUCCACACUGGAGCUGACAGAUGUGGAAAAAAAUAUCGGGUUUGCGAGAUUCAUUUCUAAGAAGGAAGGCAUCUUUUCCAGUCAAAAUGAGGAUUUAAGUAAGGUACCUGUGCCAGUUGCAAUUGUUGUGUGUGAGGGAGACAUUUUCACAAUUGCUCACGUAGAGAAAGCCUUGGAAAUGAAGCUACCAGUGAUUGUUGUGAAAGGAUCUGGGAAAGUCGCAGACCUGAUCGUGGAUUACUUAGAAAAUCCAGAAUCGCUGAAGAGAAAAGCAAGUCUACUAAUUGGAAUUCGAUUUGAUGACCAAAAGUUCAAAGAAUUGGAGGAAUGCCUUAGGAAAAUAAAAGAGAAAAAGGAAUUGUUAAGCUUUUUUGACGUAAACAAUGACGAUCCUCUGAUGUUUUCAAACAUUGUGGGCGAGGCAAUUGUUAGCUGUUGGGCCAUGGAGAAGAUUCUAGGCAACAAGGAAGAAAACUCCGGCGAGGGGAGUGUUUACGCUACAGGAUGGUCUCAACAUAACACUGACAAUAAAUUAUCUAUUGCAUUUAAAAUGCUAAAUCCUGAUUUGGACACUCCGCCAAAAGAACAGUUGACCCAAGUUCUUGACCAUUACAAAGAACCCAGGAUGAAUGUCAUGAAAUCGACCUUCUCGACGCCCUCGUCAUUGCCUCUGUACUUUUUUAUUGGUUACCAGUUACUGGUGGAGUGCAAAUUACUGCAGGAUUGUGGCCAUAUACUUUUAUUAGAGGCGCUGAGAUCCAACAGAUGUGACUAUGUGAGAGUACUUCUGGACCAAGACGUAAAACUUAAUGUGAACGAUUUAGCCGAGUUGUAUGGUCGUACAAUAACCUGUAAGGGUUGUGAAGAUGAGGGGUGUCUGCACAUAUAUGGGAUUUUGAAGCUAAUUGAUAAAAAAUUAACAAAGAAAUUGUUCCCCAAAGAGGAAGCCAAAAGGAAGGAAGAUGUGAGUAGCAAUAAUAAGGCUAAUCAGGGAUCGGGAGUAGGGAAAUCCGCUAGAGAGUUAUGUCGCAAACUGCUGAAGUAUGAUGGUAAGAAGGAGGACGUUAAGGAUACCGAUAUAUCAGAUAUCCUUCUUUGGGCUUUGUUCGCCAACAGAAGGGACUUGGCAGAAAUAUGUUGGUUGAGAAGUGAAGACCACUUGUUGACUGGGUUAAUCUCCUCUGCUCUUCUAAAGAAAUUGUCCAGGAAAGCGAAUAAUAUGAAAGAGGAAAGGUUUUCAAGGGAUCUGGAGAAUCAUUCCAUGUUAUUUCAAAAACGCUGCUUCGAAUUAAUGGACAGGAUGUACGACGAGAAAAUGAAAGACGCCAUGGACCUGAUGGGUGACAAACGGGAAGUGUGGGAAAUCGAAUCCACUCCGCUGAUGUUUGCCUACGAAAACUUUAUGUAUGACAUCGUUGCUCACACCUGUUCCCAGAAAAACAUGAGUAGGAUAUGGUACAACGGCUUGCCACCAGACACCUGGCCAUUUAUACGUUCUAUCGGAGAGAAACCACGGAAGUUUUUCAAUGCACCAUUAACGAAAUACGUCUGCAAUUUUGCGAUGUUCUUCAGUAUGCUGAUGAUGUACAGUGCAUUUGUAUUAACAAGUGUUAGUACUGAGUACUAUGACAGAUUCCUAGCGAGAUUUUUGGAGUAUUACGUCUAUUUCUGGGGAGCUGGAGACUUGAUAGAAGAGUUCUAUAGUUGUUUUGGUGGUUCAGAAUUCAAAUCCUACCGAGGUUUAUCAUCUAGGAUAAAACGGCAUUUCUACAACUUUUGGAACAUUGUCGAUCUCAUUUCGUAUGUUCUGCUUAUUGUGGCAUUGGGUGUGCGUCAUCUCUACCCCUCCACGACGUUCGCUAUAGCCAGAAGGAUGUUUUCCUUAUCUCUGCUGGCCAUGUACCUGCGUUUUCUGGAAGUGUUCCUCAUCAACAGACACAUGGGACCGACUCUUAUAAUGAUAAAAGAAAUGUUGAAGGAUUUGCUGAGAUUCUUGGCCUUGACAGUUUUUGUUGUGGUAGGGGUAGGAAUGUAUUAUCAUGCCAACCUUUGGCCGGAUCAUCAGACAAUUUGGGAUGGAGGCUGGACUGAAUGGAGGAUCUGGGACAUCAUUUACUACCCUUAUUGGCAACUUUAUGGAGAAUCCUACAAUGAGUUUUUGGAAGGUAACGAUCUAUCAGACUGUUCAAAUGUGACAUCAGUAUGGCAGAAUGAUCCUUCCAUAGACCGUUGUCCUCAAGAAGACUGGACAGUAUCAACCAUUUCAGCAUUGUACAUGUUGUUUUCCAAUCUCCUCCUGGUUAAUCUCGUUAUUGCCAAGUUCAGCUACACGUUUGAACGAGUACAGGAAAAUUCUGAGAAACUGUGGCGGUUUCAGAGGUUCACCGUCAUCAUUGACUAUCAAUGGAGAAUACCUUCCCCUAUCAACAUUAUAUGCCUUCCAUUACGGCUCUAUUCUUACUUAAAGAAGAAAUCCAAAGGGGCGGUAUGUAGAGGCUUUCAGAGACGUUGGAGCUCUAUCCCGAUGAGAUGUUCUAUGCAACUUAUGUCACUCUGCCUUUCUUGGGAUCAGCACAAGUUAGGAGAAACUGAGAGUGACAUCAUUUCACUGGAAUCAUCUCUCCAACUGGAUACCACCCUAACUGAAUUUCAGGAGGUUUCUAGAAUUAAAACCACUUCUAACACGGCCUUGAUUUCCAAUCUGGAAAAGGUCCAACAAAAGAAAUUCGAGUGUGAUGGCAUCCAUGAUAGAAACAAUGAAGCUCGAACAUACCAUACUGAACGAUCUUCUACUACCAUCAAUGUCACUCUCUCGAAUUCUGAGACUUCACUUCUUUCCAAGAGCCUCAAUUUGUGUCCUACUCCACGUGAAGUAAAUGAUCAACACAUAAGAGAGGACACUAGAGCAUUCUUCCGCCGACUACGGCUUAAGGAACAUUUCUCCCUCAAGGACUCCAAAGAUAAGAGUGCCUAUCCAUCCCAAGAUGCAAUUGACAUUUUAGAGAAGCAUCCUCUCUACAUACCCAAAAGCACUCGGGAACCACCUCCAGGCAAAUGUGGAUCUUUGGAGUCUUACAUUGAGGCGGUCGAGGAAGAAAUAAACAAUAUCUUUUUAAAGCCGGAUUUAACACGAGAUAAUCUCAGCAAAGAAGAAAGGUCGGUAUUGCAAACAUUAAAAACUCGGGAUAAUAUUGUCAUUAAAAAGGCAAACAAAGGUUCUACUGUUGUUGUCAUGGACAAAGAUUAA